CCAACUUCCCGGCAUCCAUUUUACACUAUCAGCUUACCAGCAAUCGUGCACGCAUUCGACGGCUUCCCAGCGUCCGCGAGGGCGUGCUGCACCUAACACAAGUUCGCGGCCAGUUGCGCGUGGUGAUAACGCCCACACUGCCCCGCGAUGUCGGCCAUCGAGGACUUCAAGAAGGUCGUCAAGGAGGCGAUCGCGUCGAACAAGCUCUCGUCGAGCCGGGUCGAAGCGGUCAAGAAGGCCUCGGCGAGGUGUCUCGACCGAGCUCAACUAGCCAGAUCACAAUUCCUCAAGCUCCACCUUGGGGCCCCGGCAUCCUCCAAAAUCGUGUCUCUGUACCUCUUCGAUGCCAUCGUCAGGCAUGCACGGGACAUCAUCAAGAAGGAUGGCGCAGGCACGGACAUCGGGACGGUCCUCCCUAGCGUAGCCAAGGCCGCGCAUCCAAAGGCGGCCCUUGUCUCGGCGGCAAAGGAGUUCAUGAAGGAGAUGGCCACGGCUGUGCAGGAAGUGGCGGAGGAUACGGCGAAGACUGUCAGGCCGGACCAGAAGGAAAAGGUCAUCAAGGUCAUCGACAUCUGGCGCAAGGCGGAGACCUUCGACUCCAGUCUACUGUCAAGCGUAGCAAACUCAGUCAGAGCCGUGGAGUCAAGACGGUCAACACCAGGUCCUGUCUUUGAUAAUGGACUGCAUGAUGGGCACAAUGGUAAAGGUCUGAACCGAAGCACAACGCCGACAAGUGAUCCUCCGCAAGGCGCGUACGGUACGGCGAGUGGCAGCGGCGCAGCUUCGUCAACUGGAGCCGCACCUGGUUUACCGGCAAGUCUGGCUGCCUUGCUAGGCGCAAAUGCACCGCAGCAACAAUCUACCCAGCCUCAAGCCCAAGCAGGUGGUGCACAAAGCUUCAUGGAUUCGCUGAACAGCUUGACAGGUGCUCGUGGGCAGCAGCAUCAGCAAGCAGCCACGAGCGGCAGCGGCGGCGCCACGGCUGGUCCGUCUUUCGACCUGAGCCAGCUCACCGCGCUUCAGCAGUAUACGCAACAGAAUCAUCAGCCACCACCAACUGCGGCAUCCUCUUCGACAGCACAUCAGCCCGUAGCUCAAUUUCAAUCAAGCUCCCUACCUUCAGGCGCGCCAGCUCCUUCGACCUCCUACACUCAAUCAUCAGCAGCUCAAUCCACGUCGGCUACCUGGCCCCCUCAACCAGACUCAAGCGUAGGCGAUCUCUCCUCCUUUGAUACCUUCAGCUUCGAUCCGACUCGUGCGGACAGCUGGCGUACUCUGGCGCAGAAGUGGGCGAAUACGUACGGCAACAUGCCGGCCGUGGUGGAGUUGGGAAUGAAUUUCCUGAUGUUUCAUCAGCAGGCUCAGAUGAUGAUGAUGAUGCAACAGCAGCAGCAGCAGCAGCAGCAGCAGGGAGGAGGUGGGAAUGCUAUGGGCGGCAGUGGUGGGAUGGGAGGGGCCGGUCAGUAUGGUCAAGCCGGCCAAAGCCAAGGCCAAGGAUGGGGAAGCGGCGGCGUGAGUGGCAUGAUGUGACAAUAUCCCUUCUCGCUCC